AUGAAAUCAGAACAGGAAAACAACAGGAAAUACAUAGACGUGACAAGAGAGGAGGGGAAGAAAUCCAAUGCAGACCAGAUAACGAAGAUUCCAUUCUUUGACGACGUGGGUGCUGUGACCCUGCAGUACUUUGACUCCCUCUUCCAGAGGGACAACCUACAGAAGUCCCAGUUCUACAAAAGCCUCCCCAAAGUCCUGCCCAAACUACCAAAGAGAGUGGUGGUGUAUCGUAUCCUGCCGGCACUGACCUCCGAGUUUGUCAACCCGGACAUGGUGCCCUUCGUGCUGCCCAACGUGCUGCUGAUCGCCGAGGAGUGCACCAAGGAGGAGUACGUUCAUCUCAUCAUGCCCGACCUCACGCCCGUUUUCAAGCAGCAGGAGCCCGUUCAGGUAGACGCGCAUACAGUGUUGUCAUGCACGUGACUGCAACACAACUGCUCAACAUUACUAUUGUA